AUGGCCUCUGGAGAGCUUGAACUUCGGCAGCAAAUUGCAGAGGCAAAGACUGAAGAGAAAAGUUCUGCGCAGUUUAAUGUAGAUCAAGUCUUUGAUAGCACGAAUGAUUAUUUGAAAAGUGUACUUGCUAAACUCACUUCCAUUCCGAUCUUAUUUGAGGCACAACCUAACGGUCUAAAGGUGCCUUCUGUGAAAUUCCAAUGCUCAGCUAUUGUCAGCACCAUUUCAACGACCACUUCUGUUACCACACCCGUCUCAGUCAUUGCUGAUAGUAUGAACUCAACGCCCAACUGUUUGAUCCAAGGAAUCUUCCCAUUAAAGAAGAAGAAAUUUAAGAAGACAAUGUAACUCCCCCUGAAACCAAGCUAUAUCACGACGAUAAGCAAGGAUGUAUGUACGUUUACGGAAAGGAUUCAAGCCCUGUAGAAAGUACAAGACCAGAUCAAGACUAUAUUGACAAUCAAAGGAAAUAGGCAGAACUUUCAAAAAUGAUUGUUACGUAACAAGCCAGAUGUCUCUCACCUAGCCAUAAGCCACCUAUGUUCUCCGGAGAUGUGAUGUCAUACCCAUCAUUCAUUGCAGCGUUUGAUGUUCUCAUAGAAUCUAAGGUAGAUAAUCCUAGUGAAUUCUUGUAUUUCUUGGAUCAAUACACCAGUGGAAAGGCAAAGGCACUGGUUAACGGCUGAUUACAAAUGAAGAGUGAAGACUCGUAAAAAGUGGCUAGACGACUUUUGCAGAAACACAUUGAAGGUUGCAAGUGCAUGCAUCAUAAAACUAUCGAGCUGGCCUGCUGUGAAACCUAACGACAGAACAGGGCUACAAGAGUUUUCUAUUGCCCUUGAGCAAGCAAGGAACGCCAUAAUAAGCAUGCAUUACAUAAAUGACUUGAACACACCCAAUGUUCUGCGCCAGUUGUGGGAAAAGCUGCUGAGAUACCUCGGCAGUAAAUGGACGAAAUGAGUUGGCAAGAUGAGAAGUAACAAGGGACAGGCAGCCAACUCCAAUAACUUCUGCCAGUUUGUGUCCAAACAAUCCGAUUUUGAAACAGAACUAGUCUACUCAGCGGAAGGCAUCAGCAGACUAAAAGAUACAGUUUACGAGUAUCGCAAGUCGGGCUAGGGCAAGACAAGGAGAGGAAGGCGUAAAAACUUUGCAACAGGCCUCUCAGAAAGGAAUGGCACCGAAAAAAAUUAUUAUCCCAUUGUGCUCCAAAAGGCACCACUUGAAAGAGCAAAGAGUAGUAGAAUGAAGAGACUUUCUUGGAGACGAAGGUUUAUACUUUGGUUGCUAUAGUUCUGAACACAUCGUCAAGUUUUCCAAGAGUAGAAAAUCAUGCCAGAUGCGCAAUAGGAAACACCCAAGGCCACUCCACGAUCACAACUGGACACCGGAAGAGGUCAAGACGGAAGGAAGGAGCAGCCAACAUUAG